AUGUCUCUCAGUUUGGAGAAGAAUGUGGCUUGGGAAGGCAGCAUCCGCAGAAUUCUCUACAAACAGCUCUUCGUCCGCCCAAAGCCCCUCCAGUCCUCUGUGUCUCUAUCAGGAAAGAUUGGCCUCAUUACCGGCGCUAACAGCGGUCUCGGCUUUGAGGCGGCAAGGCAGCUUUUCCAGCUGGGACUAUCGCAUCUUAUCCUGGCUGUAAGAUCGCAAGCAAUGGGAGAUGAUGCUUUCCGGAAGCUCAACGAGGAAUUCCCAAACGCGGUAAUGGAUGUCUGGAUUAUGGACAUGGCAGACUACGACUCCGUCGUCGCGUUCGCAAACCGCUGCAGGAACUUGGAGCGCCUAGACUUCGCGAUUCUAAACGCAGGAGUGCAAAUCAGCACAUUUAGGCGCAGCGAGAAGACUGGCCAUGAGAUGACACUACAGACCAACUAUUUCUCAACCGUCCUUCUCGUGCUCUUCUCACCACAAUCAUGA